GUUGCACAUCUGUGCAGUGUAAGGAGCACAAUUCUCUCAGUAGUGCUGCUGUUGAUGUUAUUUGGUGACACUUGAAACUACUGCCUAUACUAUACCUGGAUCAAUCUUAUAUACAUUUAUAGACAUAUACACACAUACACAACAUACACAUAUCCACACUAUACACACACAUACAUAUAUAUAUUUGUAUGCUUGUAUAUAUAUAUAUACUUAUAUAUAUAUAUACACAUUUAAACUCUAAAGUUAUACACAUUAUAUUUUAUCUGCACACAACUCAUUAUACAUACACAUAAUUACACAUUAUUCACAUAUACACACUUUUAUAUACCCUGUAUACACAGAUUUAAACCUUUCUUGCUCACUUAUUCAUUUACUGACAUAACCAUAUUACACAGCACAUCAUACACACACACACAUACACACUCUAUAUUCACACACACACUCUAUACACACACACAUAUACAUGCACACACACAGAACUCACAAACACAUAUACAGUGAUACAUAUGUAUUUCCACUCAUACAUAACAUCACAUAGAUCUUUACACACACACACACACACACACACACAUAUACCUUUAUGCAUAAUUACAUACACAUGCACAAGUACAUGCACAUUUCCACACUAACAAAAGUUUGCGACACAGACUGAAACAUAUAAAUAUUCACAUUCAUACUUUGUAAGAAAUCACAUACACACACACUCACAUACUGCCACACUAACUUAAUAUACAGACUAUUGUAACACACAUACAUACAUAUAUACAUAUACACAUGCACAUACCAUUGCCAUAAUACACUGCUACACAGCAAAAGCAUAACAGAAACUCACACAUACUUUACGGAAAAUUUAUCAUUAACAUACACACACAUCAUCAUCAUCAUCUUUAACCCACACCCACACACGCAUAUAUAUAUAUAUGUGCCUUCGCAAUAACAUGUACACAAACUCACAAACAUACACCAUCACAGCAACAACAUAUACACACACUUUAUAGAAAACCCACCACACAAGCACGAUUCCAUACACACACCUUCACACAUAUACACAAUCACAACAGCACACACACACACCAUCAAAACAACACACGCGUGCCAUCAAAACAACACACACACAUACGCACACCAUAAACAACAACAACACAUACACACAUAGAAACUCACACACACAAUCAAAACAGCACACAGACACACCAUCAAAACAACACACGCGCACCAUCAAAACAGCACACAUACAUAUACACACCAUAAACAACAACACACAUAGAAACUCACGCACACACACAAUCACAACAGCACACAGACACACCAUCAAAACAUCACACGCACACCAUCAAAACAACACACACACACAUAGAAAAUCACACGCACACACACUUUAUAGUAAAAGCUCACCUCUCACCCACUACCCCACCAAACACGCAUUAUAACCCCACCAUCCGCAUAGAGAUAUCAUCUUAAACCGGAGAUGUGACAACACCAGUUUGACGCCAUCACCAUAUGAAGCAGCAGCCAGAAGAGAGAAAGGGAGAGAGAGAGAGAGAGAGAGCGUGUGUGCUUGUGUGUGUGUGUUUAUGCAUGUGUGUCGGUGCGUGUGUAGUUGAUGACUAGAGCGCUGUCAGGAACAACGGAACAGAGAUGGAACGGCUUGCCUGCAGGUUCAUCUAAAUUGCUAAGUUUUGGUGCUACAACUGAGAAAAUAUGUUGAUUGUUUUGCUUCUUAUCCUGCUGACUCUCUUCAGCUGCCAUUGUGUGGAUCUCACUUACCAUGUGGAAGAAGAAAAGAAUCCUGGAACUUAUAUUGGUAACAUUGCUGCUGACUCCCAUUUACUGGAUGCCAUCUUACCAGAACACCAUCGACUCAUAACAUUUAAUCAGCUUGCACAGAAAAAAGACAGACUCUCACAGUUAUUUAAUGUUUCUAAGAGAGGAGAGCUCUACACAUCACAGAAAUUAGAUGCAGAGAAACUGUGCAAAUACAAUGUAGAAUGUUUUAGAAUUUUAAAAAUUGCCAUUCACAAAGCAGAAACAUUCUUGAAGAUUUUAAAACUGAAAGUAAUUAUUAAAGAUAUCAAUGACCACCAGCCAGAGUUUUCUGUGAAGGAGAUUAAUAUUCAGUUUUCAGAGGAUGAUGGGAAAGGUGUGAAGAGGUCAAUAGAGAAUGCUGUUGAUGGGGACGUCGGAGCUCAAAACUCAAAGGUGACCUACCUGCUGAAGAAAAAAUUCAACGAACCAUUCAAGUUAUCUGUGACGAAAAUAAUCACUGGAAUUUCUAAACUUGCUAUAAUACUUGAUGAGAAAUUGGACAGAGAAUUGAAAGACAGUUACAGUCUUCAGGUUAUUGCGAGUGAUGGGGGACCUUCACCAAAACAAGGGGUGCUGAAUAUUGAAAUAACUGUGACAGAUGAAAACGAUAAUCUGCCUCAGUUUAGUCAAAGCAUUUAUAACAUAUCUAUUCGGAACACACAUGGAAGGUUUAUACCAAUCACAACUUUAUCAGCCAGUGACUUGGACUCAGGGGAAAAUGGUAAAGUUACAUAUCACAUUAGUUCUGCGACCUCUGAUAUUGCCAAAUCUUAUUUUAAACUGAACGAAGUGACUGGUGAAAUUUUCACACAGAAAACAUUAAAUUCCGAACAAAAACAGACAUACAAGUUGUUUGUUGAAGCUAAAGAUGGGGGCAAUCCUUCCUCAAGUUCCACAGCAAUGGUUUUAAUAAAUGUAAUAAACCAACAAAAUAAUGUUCCUAAGAUAGACAUAAAUUUUGUCACUGAGCUGAGAGAGAACACAGCAGCCAUUUCUGAAGGAAUCAAAGUCGGCAGUUUCAUAGCUUAUGUCAGUGUUAUUGACAAUGAUGUUGGACAGAACGGUGAGGUGGAAUGUAGCCUACACCAUGAUAAAUUCCGUCUUUUAGAUUUAGGAUCAAAAGAAUAUAAAAUUACAUUAAAGAAAUCUGUGGACAGAGAAACUAGGGACCACUAUGACAUCAGUAUUUCAUGUGAAGAUAAAGGAUCUCCCUCAAUGAAAACAGAGAGAAAAUUCUUCAUUCAAGUGAUGGAUGUCAAUGAUGUUCAACCACAGUUUACUAAAGAAACAUUUAAAUUUUUGACCUAUGAGAAUGGUAAACCAAAUUUUCCAAUUGGUUACAUCAAUGUGACAGAUCAAGAUUUAGAAAAUGGAGGAAAACUGUCUUAUUCUUUAUUGAGUAAUAACAGAGUGAUUAUACCAUUCCAGAUCACUGAUUACGGUUUCAUCUCAACUACAAUGACACUAGACCGUGAAAAACGUGAAAAAUACCAAUUUCAAGUAUUUGUUAAAGACAAUGGGACACCUUCCUUAAACAAUACGGCUAAUGUACUUGUGGAGAUCCUUGAUGAGAACGAUAAUGCCCCUUAUUUUACAUUUCCUAGUGUUGACCCUUUCACUCUUGAUGUCCACUAUCAUCCGCAAAGUAAGAAUGACAUCACAGUCCUAAGAGCUUCAGACAGGGACAGUCAUAUGAAUUCUUUCUUAAAAUAUGAAAUAUUUGGUGGAAAUGACAGACAAUUGUUUCAAAUAGAUUCCUUCACAGGGGUUUUGUCUUAUUCACGGACUGUUUACCAAAAUGAUGCCGGAUCAUACGACCUGAAAUUAACUGUCAAAGACAGUGGCACCCCUGUUCUGUCAGCCACAGUAACAGUGUCUUUGACACUGACUGUCAGUAACAAGACAUCACCAGCACUGACCACAGUUCAUUCAAAGUCUAACAAUAUGAUUGACGUAACGUUACUCAUUAUUAUCGUAAUAUCAGCUGUAGUAGUCUCGGUGGCUGUUGUCGUGUCUCUCACCCUCUGUAUUGUUCGAUGUAACAAUGGAAUUAAUCAUCAGUCACGCAUGGGCUUUAACACAACGAUUCCUCCUGGAAGAGAAAAACGUCAUUUCUUGACCCAAACAAAGAAAGUGAAUACUCCUACCGGACACACUCCUGCUCAUACUCCCAUACAUACCCCGGUACAUACAACUGGACAUUCAACAGAAAUGACAAACAGAGAUAACCAGUUAAUGGAAUCAAGUUGUGACUUUUAUCCUCAAUAUGAAUCUCAGACAGAUUGGUCAAUGUCCUCGAUGGAGCGAAGGCCUCCUUCAGUUUUGUUGCUUCCGACGCGUACACUGAAACGAUAAAAUGAUGAAAAGAAAAAGAAGAGGAGGAGGAGGACACUGACGAUACAGCGAUAUGAUGACUCUCAGACAACGAGGACCUAAUUAAUUACAAACACAGAUCGUGGCAUUUAAUGAAAGAACUAAAACAAAGAAGAAAAAAAAAACUGCAAAAAAAAAAAAAUUUUCAGAUAUAAAAAAAUAUAAAUUAUAAGAAAAGAAGAAAUAUUGAAAAAACAUUGCGAUAUAUUUUUUGUGUGUGAAAGUGUUUUUUGAUUUUUACCUUUUUAAAAUUUAAUGAACCUUAAUGGCAGUGAUUUGGCAGAAUUGGUAGAGCAUCGGAAAAAAUGUGUGGUGUUAUUUAAUUCCUUGUCUCUAUAUUUGGACUUUGAAUCCUGCCAAACUCAACUUUACCUUUCAUCUUAUUGGUAGGGAGAUUGAUAAAAUAAGUACCAGUUACAAACUGGGGUCCGAUCUCAAUGGAUUUUACCCUCAUUCUGGCCCUCCUGCUAAAAAAAUAUCUCCUCAAAAUUCGAGCCCCUGUACCUAUGUUAGACAUCAAUAUUUGAUAAGUCUGAACAUGGACAUGUCUACCUUGGCUGUGUUUACAGCUUCAAACUGCAACAAUGGAUAGUUGUAUUUGUGGAUGCAACAAAACGCAGUGAUUGUUCAAAAGCUGAAAUCUUCAAGUGUGUUUCACCUUUAGCACCAAACACUGGAACAAUGAGGUUGAUACCAAAAUAUUCCGACCAAACAAACAACCUCUCAACCAAAUAACCAACACAGCUUUUGGCCAUUUGUACAGAACUGCAAAGACUGGAUUGUCUAAAAAUUAAUUGGAAAUGAUGCUAAACAUUCCAUUUGGGGACUAUGUUGAACUUGGAAUCUGCUCUCGACUCCUUCUGAUACAUUGGUGUGGAGUUGUUUUUAAUCUGCAGCUCUGAUUUGUAUAUAUUUUUAAAACUAAAUUUGGAUCUCUGGGGACGGAAGAAGGAUUUGGAAAAAGAGAAGAGGAAGAAGGGAAAGGGGAGAUAACUUUUGAUUUUACUUUGGAAAACUGUGGAAACGUGAUGACUGUACCGGAACUAAUAUAUGUUAACACACACACACAUAUGUAAAUAGACAUUCACUCAUAUACAUACACACACGUACACACACACAUACACGCAUGAACACACAUACACACACAAAACAUGUACACACACAUGUAUGUACACAUGCAACUGUACAAUCACUUGUGCACACACGCAUAUAUGUUUGCACAAGCACAUAAUAAAAAAAAAACGUUUAUAUAUUUGUGUAUGUGUAUAUAUACAUACAUACAUAUAUAUAUAUAUAUAUAUAUAUAUAUAUAUAUAUAUAUAUAUAUAUGUAUGUAUGCAUGUAUGUAUAUGUAUGUGCGUAUAGACACACAUGCAUACACACACACACACACAUUCACACAAACAUACAAGUGUAUAUUUGUAUAUAUUAACUAUCCAGACGAUUACACAUAUAAUAUACAUGCAGGCAUACAACUAUGUAUUUGUUUGUAUUUAUUACCCACAUAUAUACAUACAUAAAAAUAUACACUUUUACACAUUCACACGCAUACACACAUAUCCUGUUCUCAUUGUCACAGCAUUGUGAUACUCUUUUGUGACACAGUAUAGUAUCACAGUAUCUUACUGAGUAAGAGCGUGAGAUUAUGUUACUCAAUAACACUGUAACAAUAUCCACCAAACGGUGUCACAACUCUCAUACGCUCUUCCAGGAAUUUGUCACACCUGUAGCAUGUCACACCCGUAGCAUGGUGUCUCUCUCAAAGCAUUGUGACACACCACCAAAGAGAGGGAGAGGGACAUGCUCCCUGUGACACGUCAUCAUACAGAAUGAUGGCUCUGUGACACCUGCUUGAUAAAUGUUGGAUGUGACAGCCUGACCACAAUAAGGUGUUGUAGGCAGAAUGUAGACGUACAAUAAAGCUGAAUACCUGGUGAAACAAAUACUCACACACACACACACACACACACACACACAGAGGCACAUAUGACAAGAUGCACACAAGCACAUGACAGAAACAAUCAUAGAUAACAACAACAAUAACAGCAACAAUCAGAACAAACACCACCAAUAGAACCAAUACCAAGGCCUCACCAUUGACCCCCACCACCGCCACCACCAUAACUCCCACCACCGCCACCACCAUAACUCCCACCACCGCCACC